AUUGGGAGCUGUUCAUUGGUCAGUCGACUAUCGGGGCGGGGUGUGCUCGUCAAAGAAACAAUCCUCUUUAAAGGAUUGCCACCUACACGAUGACGAAAUCAUACCUUCUUGAUAAAAGUCUCCGAAGACUGAAGGCACCCACAAAGUAAACAGGUUCAUGAAAUGGAGACGUUUAAUAGGAAAGAGAAUCAUCAAGAAGACUUGUUCCUGGCUCUGUUCAGUCAGGCCAUGGUCUACUGCUGCGACAUCAUCAUCAUCAUCAUCAUCAUCAUCAUCAUCAUCACGCACACACACGGUCAACCACAUGCAAGGCUACUCAGGAGAAGGAUGCCACGGCAUAAACUCAUCGCAUCUGAAAGUGACGUGAGCAUUGAGGUGGAUGAAGGAAAGGACAAAGAAUCCUGUGUUUAUUAUGUGGAAGUGGAGGAAAAUUGUGAGAGAGGCAAGAUAAAGCAGGCUAGUCGAGAUGGCAAACGAAGGAGGGAGAGAAAUGGUGAAACUAGGAGAAAAGCUUCAGAGAAAAGAACAAACGAGGGGGAAAGUAAAAAAGCAGAAAAGAAACAUGAGAAAGGCCACAGAACUGCAAGGAAAGCAGGAGAGAAACAUGGAAAAAGGCAAAGACGAAAGAAUGCAGGAGAAGAGGAUGCUGAGGAUAAAUCCAGCAAAGAGAAAAAGAACAUGAAAAAUGAAAAAAACAAGACUUUAAAACUGGAGGAGGAGAAGGAGAAGGAUGUGAGGAAAAAGAAAAGGAAACAUGUUAAAAAUGAAGAGGACGAGACAAAUCAUGAAAAGACAAAACAGCAUUUGAAGGAAGAAAAGAGAAGAAAGAAAAGAAAGAAGCCAGAGACUACCUCAGAGUCGGAGUCUAAAUCUGAGUCUGAAUCUGCUUCUGAAUCUGAGUCAAAGAACAGUCCGGCAGUGGGAGUUUUGGGUUCUCUGACUCCAGAGGAGCUGGAAAAUUUAAAAGAAGCUGUGGAGGAAAGAAAAAAGCUCAUCACACAACUAAAAGGAAAACCCUGGCCCAUGAGAAGGAAACUAGUGGUCCUCAGGGAGUCGCAGGAGUUUGUGGAGAAAUAUGAAGGUGCUUUGGGGAAAGGCAAAGGCAGGAAACUUUAUGCCUACAAGGUCAUGAUGAUGAAGAAAUGGAUGAAGUUUCAGCGUGAUUUUGAGAACUUCAAGACUGCCUGCAUCCCGUGGGAGAUGAAGAUAAAAGAAAUCGAAAGCCAUUUUGGCUCUUCGGUGGCUUCAUACUUCAUAUUCUUGAGGUGGAUGUAUGGCAUCAAUAUGAUUUUGUUUGGACUGACAUUUGGGCUGGUCAUGGUUCCAGAGGCUCUUAUGGGAAAACCAUAUGGCAGUUUACCAAGGAAAACAGUGCCCAGAGAGGAAGAGGCCAGUGCUAUGAAUUUUGCAGUCUUAUGGGAUUUUGGGGGCUAUGCUAAGUACUCUGUCCUCUUCUAUGGCUACUAUAACAGCCAGCGGGCCAUUGGGUGGCUGAAGUUUCGCAUGCCACUGUCCUACUUCCUGGUUGGAGUGGGCACAGUGGCCUACAGCUACAUGGUGGUGAUCAGGACCAUGGCUCGCAACGCAAAUGAAGAAGGUGGCGGAGAUGAUACCAGCUUUAAUUUCAGCUGGAAGACAUUCACAAGCUGGGAUUACCUUAUUGGAAACCCUGAGACAGCAGACAACAAGUUUGCUUCUAUCACCACCAGCUUUAAGGAGGCUAUUGUGGAGGAGCAAGAGAGCAGAAAAGAUGACAACAUCCACCUGACAAGAUUCCUCAGAGUGCUGGCCAACUUCCUGGUGCUCUGCUGUCUGGCAGGGAGCGGGUACUUGAUCUACUUUGUAGUACGCAGGUCUCAGAAGUUUGCACUGGAGGGCCUGGAGAACUACGGCUGGUGGGAGAGGAAUGAGGUCAACAUGGUGAUGUCUCUGUUGGGAAUGUUCUGCCCGAUGCUGUUCGAUGUGAUCAGCACUUUGGAGAACUAUCACCCACGCAUUGCCCUCCAGUGGCAGCUGGGACGCAUCUUUGCUCUUUUUUUGGGGAACCUGUACACAUUUAUCAUCGCCCUCAUGGAUGCCAUCCAACUAAAGAGGGCAGAAGAGGAGAUUGUGAAGAAGAAUAUGACAAUCUGGCAGGCCAACUUGUACAAUGGGACUGUGCCAGACAACUCGACUGCUCCUCCGCUCACUGUGCACCCUGCUGAUGUUCCCAGAGGGCCUUGCUGGGAGACCAUGGUGGGACAGGAGUUUGUUCGUCUUAUCAUUUCUGACACAAUGACGACUUACAUCACUCUGCUGAUUGGGGAUUUUAUGCGUGCCGUACUGGUGCGAUUCCUGAACAACUGCUGGUGCUGGGAUCUGGAGUAUGGCUUUCCAUCCUACUCAGAGUUUGAUGUUAGUGGGAAUGUUCUGGGGCUGAUCUUUAACCAGGGAAUGAUCUGGAUGGGUGCAUUCUACGCUCCAUGUCUUCCAGCACUAAAUCUUCUUCGUCUUCACGUGUCUAUGUACCUGCAGUGUUGGGCAGUGAUGUGCUGUAAUGUGCCUCAGGAACGCGUCUUCAAAGCUUCAGGCUCCAAUAACUUCUACAUGGCCAUGCUGCUGGUCAUUCUUUUUCUCUCUACAUUACCAGCCAUAUACACCAUUGUCUCCAUUCCUCCCUCCUUCGACUGCGGGCCCUUCAGUGGGAAACCCCGCAUGUUUGAUGUGAUCCAGGAGACUCUGGAGACAGAUUUCCCUGCCUGGUUCAGUAAAGUGUUCAGUUAUGCCUCAAACCCCGGUCUGGUGCUGCCGUUCCUUCUUCUUUUGGUUCUCGCAAUAUAUUACCUGCAGUCCACUUCGAAAACGUAUAAAAGAGUAAACAUGGAGCUGAAAAAGAAACUUCAAGCACAAAAUGAGGAAAACAAGAAAAAGAACAAACUUGCAGCCUUAAAAGCAGCCAGUGACUUGGAGCAGGCAAGAAAAGCUGGAGAGCAACGCAGAAACAGCAUCUCAGAUUUGGGAGUGAAUGAAGAGAAUCCUGAAUCUCACGUUUCCUCAUCCCACACAUCCAGACCCCCUGCGUCCCGUGGCCACACAUCAUCUGGACAUCUUCCAGGUCACCCGCAGCAGCCACAGAAAAAUUCGAAGAAGAGAUAAAAAUCACACAUAGAUUUCAGUGUGUUUGUCACAAUCACAACAUUUAGCACUUAUUUACAUGAGCAUAUGCCUGGCUGAUGCUGUAUUAUGGUGUAAAUCCUUCGGGCAAGCCUACAGCAUGUCAAGCAUUUGUCAGUGAAGCUCCAGAUCUUCUUGGCUAUGUAACCCUAGAAUGAUAAGUCUUAUCUCUGUCACUGCGGAACAGAAAUGACUGCUCUUGUUACACACAAGCCAAAUGCAGGGUCAAGCUACGAGGCUCUUGAUUUGUUCCUUAAAUUGACUUAAGGUCUUUUAUAU